AUAGGUCCGCGUUAAAAAUGGAAAGUUUGUACGAAGACCGUUAUUCCACAAAGAAACCGCAUACGAAGGCCACAAUACAGGGACGAAUCUAUAACUUUUUGGAGCGACCCACUGGCUGGAAGUGUUUCAUCUACCACUUUACUGUGUUCAUGAUGGUGCUGAUUUGCCUUAUAUUUAGUGUACUUUCUACAAUAGAGCAGUAUACAGAUUUUGCAAAUGAAACUCUAUUUUGGAUGGAGAUUGUGCUGGUUGUGUUUUUUGGCCUUGAGUAUUUGAUUCGUCUGUGGUCGGCAGGCUGUAGAAGUAAAUACAUGGGUCUACAUGGCCGCAUUAAGUUCGCCAGGAAACCUAUAUCUAUCAUAGAUUUAUUGGUAGUGGUAGCUUCCAUAGUGGUGUUGUCAGUUGGCUCUAAUGGCCAAGUCUUUGCUACCUCAGCAAUAAGAGGCGUGAGAUUUUUACAGAUUCUUCGUAUGCUACAUGUUGAUCGUCAGGGUGGCACCUGGAGGCUACUGGGCUCUGUUGUGUAUAUUCACAGACAGGAACUUAUAACGACAUUGUAUAUAGGAUUUCUGGGCCUUAUAUUUUCUUCCUACUUUGUGUACUUGGCUGAGAAGGACGCCACAGAUAGCAAUGGUGACACAGACUUUACCAGCUAUGCAGAUGCCCUAUGGUGGGGAGUGAUAACGGUCACCACUAUUGGCUAUGGGGACACAGUGCCAAAGACCUGGAUGGGCAGAAUAGUCGCCUCCUGUUUCUCUGUGUUUGCUAUUUCCUUCUUCGCUCUGCCAGCUGGAAUCCUGGGGUCUGGUUUUGCCUUAAAAGUUCAACAAAAACAAAGACAGAAGCAUUUUAAUCGUCAAAUUCCCACAGCAGCUUGUCUCAUUCAGUGCUUAUGGAGGUGCCAUGCCGCGGAAGCAAAAACGCACUCGACGGCGACCUGGCGUAUUCACAUUCAGGACAAGCGUCACCACCACCAUCACCAUCACCACCGUGAUCAGCACUUCAUCAGACCACCGCACUUCACCUCCAACACCUCGACGCUCAGCAAGAUGGCACGCAAAACCUCCCUCCUCAAGAAGAGGAAGAGUACUCGCACCUCCAAUAGCUUAUCUCCCCUGGAGCGCAAGGAGAGCUUGGGCUCCAUAUCCUGUAACUAUGACGAUCAGGUUUCCCCAACGAAAAGCCGGGCAGAGUCAGUGGGGAAGCUGAGUAUCACAGGAGAUAUGCUGGAUACAUACACAGAAGAUCAGGAUAUUGAGCUGGACUUUAUAUCUAAACCAGAGCAGUUAACAGAGGCUCACAAGACAAUAAUCAGGGUUAUCAGGAAGAUCAAAUUUUUUGUAGCGAGACGAAAGUUUCAACAAGCCCGUAAGCCCUAUGAUGUGCGAGAUGUUAUAGAGCAGUAUUCUCAAGGUCACCUGAAUAUGAUGGUGCGAAUCAAAGAACUCCAAAGAAGGCUGGACCAAACCAUUGGGAAGCCAGUGUACUAUGGGAAUAACAGAGACAAGGAAAAGGUGACACUGAGCACACGAGUAGCUCGCAUGGAGGGACAGAUCAAUAAACUGGACAGGAAGCUUGACCAAUGCCUGGUGCUGCUGACCGUCCUGGUCAAGUCUACAGAGAGCAAACACAAGGACGAUGAGGACAAGGAAGACUCAACAACCUAGCAUAGGGGGGACAACUCUGAUCAGGUUUCACACACAGAUAUCCUCAACAAGGCAGCAUGAAACUGGUAGGGUUGUUGGUGUAGCAGGAGUUAUGUCCCUCUGGGUGAGAUCAGUAUUAGCCUGACUGGACCCAAGGGACAGACCCCACCCAUCCUGAUCUUGUCGCUGACUGGACCCAAGGGACAAGCCCCACCCAGCCUGAUCUUGUCGCCUAGGCACCCACCCUUAUACUGUUCUGUACAGACAGCUACAGAAGUCACCUGUCAGCUGUAUCGACAAAGGGCAUACAGGGCGGAAUUGAUAUUCCCAGUGUCUUGAGAAGCUAUAUGGAUGUGUGACUUAAAGCAUUGACAUUCACAUAUAUUUGGUGUCCAACUACUGUAAAUAGAAUAGGAAUGACAGUUUGUCCUAUAUGUUGGCAGAGAGAAGCUGUAAUUUAAGCCUCUCAACACAAGCCGCUGGCACUGCACCAUAUGCCAGUUAAUUUUAUAUGUUACUAAGAUGAACAUGAUUGUAAUAUAUUAAUAUCAAUGCACUGGUUUUACUGAAAUCAUAUAAUAUAUGUUUACACGUCAUGUGAUACAAACACAGAACGCCAAUUCAGAGUUUAAUAUUAUUAUUAUUAUUACUGAACAAAGCACUUGUAAUUCAUGUUCACCAUUUUACUUACAAUAAAAAAAAUAUCUGGAUCACUUUAUUACAAUGCAUCAUGUACGAGAAUCGUGUGGUCGGUCAUAUUGCAUAUUUUUCUUAUUUCAAGUUUUUUUUCGAAACUUGACCAUAUAUCAGUCAGUAUGAAGCAACUAUAUUUGAUGAUAUGUAGAAAUCAUAGAUGUAUUGCUAUUAUAGGACAGUUUUAUUUAUGUCUUUUAUGUUCUUGUAGUUAAUAUGGAUAUGUAUGCAUGAAAUUUUUUUUUCAUUCACCUUUUUGAUAAGCGACUAAUUUAAUAUUUGAUAUAUUUGUGUAUAAUAUAUGGUGUGGAAGGUAUGUAAUAUAUGAUGUGUGAUUUGUUGAGUCCUUGAUGGGAUUUUUGUUAAUACAUUGACGCAGAUGAGGGGUUAUAAUUAUUUAUUACACAGUUUUUAUCUUACCUACCAGUAUUUUAUGGUUAUCUUUUGUUAACUCCACAUGGCAUUUAUGCACUCAACUUAUUUUUCAUGCAUGAACUUUGUUUUCUCCUCUACCAUGACUACAAAUUAAAUGUACACAACUCCAAUAUCCGCUCAAAGGUCUUAUCUAAGGUAGUUUAAUAGUUUCAUUUAGUUUUACUGAAAUAACUUUACAUUAAAUGUGACACAGACCACAUUAUAUUAAUUAAAUGUGAGUUAAAUGUGUUAAAAAAAAGAAACCUUUUGUAAACUCUGAAAUUGAAUUGUAAUAUAUCAAAAUAAUAUUAGUUCCCAUGUAAUGGUGCUUCUAAAUUCCACUUAAUUCUGUAUUAGUUUAGAAGCAAACUAUUCCAUGUGAAUAAACAUUUAUUAUUAAUUUUUACAUCUAAGAUUCUAAAUUUUAAAGUAACAUACACAUUCAUUCAGGGCUUGGCAUGGUUUGGAUAUAAACCAAGGGAGAUAAUCAACACACAGAAGACAAUUUCCCAACACCGAGAUUCCUCAAAAUACACAUAACUUGGAUGCACACAGUGUCUGUACAAGAUUGCUCUCCUUGAGAAUCUUAUUAUUAUUUUAUUACUAUAUUUAUGAGUUUUCAUUGUCAUAGUAUUGUUUAUUUACAUCAGUUGAUUUACUUGGGCUUGCCUUUUAUUACAAAUCACAGUAUACGAUAUACAGUAUAUGCUUUUGUCUCGCAUAUGUUAUACUUAGCAGAUAGGGUACAUUUGUAUCCAGAAAAUGCAAUUUCAGGUAAUCAGAUAAAGAAUCUCUCACAAAGUUUCCCAUAUUUGUGCUUCUGUUAGCUUUGCUACCUGUUC